GCUAAACCCUACUAAAUGGACAAUAAAAAUAGCCAGGAUCAACAUCAUCUCAACUACCUACGUGGAGACUCGUGGACAGAAAGUAUUCACAAUGGAGAAGGCGGUUGGUCAAAGGUUGGGGGGAAAUUCGGAAGGUCGCGCAGUGGUUCAAACAGCGGAUCAGGUGAAGUGAUCAUAAUACCAGCUCUAUCUACACCUGCUUGUCGAUGUGACUACCGUUGCAUUGCUCUUGAUGAAAAUCGAGAAGACACUGCAUGCAUUUGUCCAGAUACUUGGAUCCUUGAUGCAAAUGGUCGAUCUUGUAUCCCUGAGUCUGCUGCCAACAGUUCGUCAUCUUGGCUAUUAAUUGUCAUACUAACAGUAGUUUGCAUUUUUCUAAUUUUGGUCGUUGGUUCUCUAUGUGUCGUCUUGUACAAUGGAUAUCAGAGGAAAAAAGAGGCAAAAAUUCAAAGGAAAAAGCAUGAUUUCCAGUUAAGUCGGCUGCGUGUUGCUUCUAACAGUAUGAUGACAGAGUUCAAUCCAAACUAUGAAUUUGGUGGUGGUACCUAUACUAUCAACGAUUUGAAAGACAUCCCGCGGGAUAACUUACGAUUGGUCAAGGCCCUUGGUCAAGGGGCCUUUGGGGAAGUUUAUCAAGGACUUUAUAGACACAGGACAGGUGAUGCUGUGGAAAUGCCAGUUGCAGUAAAGACACUACCAGAAUUAUCAACCAAUCAGGCGGAGACAGAUUUUUUGAUGGAAGCUUUAAUUAUGAGCAAAUUUAACCAUCCAAAUAUCGUUCAUUUCAUUGGUGUUUGUUUUGACAAACAUCCCAGGUUUAUUGUCAUUGAACUUUUGGCAGGAGGGGAUCUCAAGACUUUUCUCCGAGAGUCCCGUGCUAAACCUGACCGUCCUUCUCCUCUAAUCAUGAGAGACUUACUAACUUGUGCAAUUGAUGUAGCGAAAGGUUGUAAAUAUUUAGAAGAAAAUAGGUUUAUCCACCGAGAUAUUGCUGCUAGGAAUUGUUUGCUCACAACAAAAGGUCCUGGACGCACUGUCAAAAUCGCUGAUUUUGGCAUGGCACGUGAUAUAUACAGGGCCGAUUAUUACAGGAAAGGCGGAAAAGCUAUGUUACCAAUCAAAUGGAUGCCCCCUGAAGCUUUCUUAGAUGGCAUUUUCACCUCGAAGACUGACGUUUGGUCAUUUGGAGUAUUACUUUGGGAAGUGAUGUCGUUAGGGUAUAUGCCUUACACAGGAUGCACAAAUCGAGAUGUCAUGACACUAAUCUCGUCUGGAGGACGUUUAGAGCCCCCCAGCAACUGUCCAGCUCCACUGUAUGCUAUUAUGACCACAUGUUGGCAUCCGAACCCGGAAGAAAGGCCUAAUUUUGGUACUAUUUUAGAAAGAUUAGGAUACUGCAUCCAGGAUCCAGAUGUAAUCAGUUCCCCUUUACCUGUAUUCUACCGGCCACCUUCUUCUGAGCAUGACACUACCAUCAUGAGACCAGCCAGCAAUGAAGAAUGUAUCCAUCCAGAUUACUUAAUACCUUUAACAGGUCCAGCGGAUUCGUGGAGUGGUAAUUUAGGACAGAUUCCAGAAUCAAAAUCAACACAGCCACUGUUAGGGGCCGAUUCACCUAUGACUCCAGUUGAAGAGCAUGCUCUUCCUCAUGUGCCACCAAAUGGAAACAACAACAUUAUCAGUACUAAUGUUCUUCCUAAAGAAAUUAAUGAUAAGCAACCACUUACAUCUUAUGUAAAUGUGAGUGUAGAUAAUGUUCCUACAUUUACUAUGGGUGCACAAAUGUCAGAGCCGCAAAUAAAUUGUUAACAUUCGCAGAUAAGUAUUCUCUUUUUAGGGCAUUAUUCAUAAAGAUGACAUUUACCUAGGGUGAAACGAAAGGGUCAAAAGAAAUUGAAAAUUUACCAACGAAAUUAAAACAAAUGUGCGCUCUGUGUGUGUUUUUAGUUUGGAUAUAUUGGUUCAGUUGUUUUGCUCGUUUUUGAGAAGGUUCCCUGCUAAAAAUGUCUCAUGGGAAUUUCACUCAGGCUGUUUUGGGCAGGGGAAUAAUUCCCCUGAGAGGUGGCUCUCAUGAGAAGUGGCUCGCAUGAGAAGUGACUCCCAUCGGAAGCUCCCUAAUCCGUGCCCAAAAUGCCGUCUCUACUAGCAGAGCCAUAGAGGAAAAAGAUUAAGGAUUAAAUGCGAAAA